AUGCCCACCUACCUCCUCCACGGCUUCCGCUGGCCCCGCCCCAUGAUCCGCAUCCACAUCAUCCUGCAAGACCUCGACGACUGCGCCGCAGAGUGGCUCAUGGCGCCUUUGACCCACUCGACGCUCCUCGACAACUUCCGAACUCUGCACCCCGAGUACCUCUCCUCGCUCCCAAACCUCCGCUUCAUCGAGCAACACGACCCGGACGACAUCACCACAAAGUCCCAACCAUACGCCUACGUGGCUGACGUGUGCGAGGAGGUGAAGCUGGGUGUUGAUGUUGACGAGGUGCGCGGAAAGGGCGUCAAGAACGAGCAGUGGGACGCCAUGCUAGGCUUGAGGGAUAAAGUGGCCCCGGACGCGAAGGUCGCGUGGUUCGUGGUUGUGUGUGGGGACAUUGAGAGGUGGGUUCCACCCCCCGAGGAAGGGGUGGAUGGGGGCGCGACGGUGGACAAGGACGCCGUAGAUAAUGUGCAGGGCUGGGACGAGAAUGUCACUGGGAACGAUAUGGUGGAGUACAAGGCGAGGAACACGGUCAGGAGCGGGAGUAUGGCGAGCUCGGAUAAUAGCAAGAGGAGAUCAUCUUCAGGCGCCGGGAAAGGGUUUAUGAGGCUGUUCCGGAGAUCGAAGAGCACAAGAGACCUCGGGCGCACCGACUCGCAGACAUCGCAGGACCUGCCGCCUCCCAUGCCCACUAGACCGCCAGGCACGGCGGUGUAA